AGGUUUUAACAAGGUCACCAAUAAACAGACUCAUGUUUUAGAAGGAAAUCAAAUAACAGUUCAAGUUGCAUCACACUGACAACAAUAAUACUUGGUGAUUAUAGUCAUUUGUAGUCAGUUACCAGUUUUUGUAGUAUUUGUAACAGUAUGGAUGAUACUGAUGAGCUUGUAGAAAAAUUUACAAAAGCAGCAAAGUAUGCUAAAGAGAUUUGUGGGGAAUUUGACAGUAAUGAACUUCUGGAACUGUAUGGUUACUAUAAACAAGCUACCGAAGGGCCUUGCCAAACAUCAAAGCCCAGUUGGUAUGACUUAACAGCUAAACAGAAAUGGGAAUCAUGGAGACGCCUAAAGGAUAUGGAUCGUGAGACUGCUAUGAUAAAAUAUGUUAAAAUAAUAUCUGAAGUGGAUCCCGUUUGGGAGGAACGAUUUACAGAAAGACCUGCUGGCAGUGGUGCAGGAUGGGUGGCAGUAAGCUGCAUGACAAAUACUGAUGAGUACUUACCAGACACAGAGAAAACAGUAUUUGACUGGGUGAAAGAAGGUAAUGUUCAGAAGGUCAUUGAUGCCUCUAGGAGCUUCAGUUCACUUGAAAUGAUUAAUAAACAAGAUGAAGGUGGGAUGGCAUUACUCCAUUGGGCUGCUGACAGAGGAAAUAUGGAAAUGGUAGACUGUCUAGUUGAGAAACUGAAAGCUGAUGUGAAUUUAAAAGAUGCUGAUGGCCAAACUGCUUUGCAUUAUGCUGCAGCCUGUGGACAUGUUAAUGUUACUAAAUUUUUAGUUCAACAUGGUGGAGAUCCCAAUAUUGCUGAUCUUGAUGGGAAACUCCCAAAAGAUAUCGCUGCUGACAGUGAAAUAUUGAAGACUCUGACAAUAGCAAACUGAUAUUGUUUCAUGUAGGCCUAUGAACAUUUGACAUCAUGAUUAUUCUUGCAUUGAUAAUGAAGUUAAUUGAUCUUUUCCCUUCAUUUGCAUAUCUGGUAAAUCCUUGUAGUAUAAUAUGUUGUAAAUAAGUGCUCCAUUAUUUAAAACAAGACUGUAAAUUUGAAAUAAGUCAUUAAAUUCAUUUUGAGUUUCUAUUA